ACUAUACACUACACUAUACACUACUCUCCCGCACUUUCUGCCACAGAACAGCAGCCAAUGGCUGAGGCGUGGAGGCGCGUACAGGAAUCUGUAAGCUCCAUGGUGGAUUUCAUCAGAGCGGUCGAGGAUUCAGAACUGGCCCUGGGCAAACUGAACGUGCUGAUGAUCGGCAAGAGUGGGAACGGCAAAUCGAGUUUCUUGAACACGGUUGACACGGCUAUCAUCGGACGCUACAGCUUCCGCGCAAUGGAAGCUCAGAACGACGGCUACUCUCAGACUAUACAGCUGAAGAUGGAGGAGCUGGACCAAGAAAGGAUCAAGAAGACAUCCAUCAGACUGAUGGAUACUGUGGGAUGGGUUUCUGGUGUCUACAACAUCGAUCUCUUCAGCAGUAUUCUGUGUGGAAAGGUUCCCAAAGAUUACUAUUUUGGCAAUUUGGUGAAUUUCUCCGUGGUGCCCGAGAACCGGGUGCACUGUUUAGUCUACGUGGUGUCUGUGGACGCUCUGAUCAACAUGGACAGGGACGAGUUAGAGACGUUCGCCAAGUUCGGACAGCUAGCCCGACGCAUGGAAAUCAACGUCUUCGGGAUCCUCACCAAGGUGGACUUCGUGAUGCCGGAUGAUGAAUGGACGAGUGACACCAUCUACCGCAGCCGCCAGAUAAAGCAAAUGAUGGAGAUGCUGGGCGACAGCCUGGGCUGUCCCCUCAAGUACAUCUUCCCCGUGAGCAACUACGCAGACUCAACGAUCCUCCACGAGGAGCGGAAUCGCCUCGCCAUGCACGCCUUCAGCACGUUCAUCCACGCUGCUGUGUCCUACGUGAAGCGCUGAGCGCUCAGUCAGUCACUCAGUCAGUCAGUCA